CGCCCGCCGGCCAGAGAUCCUGCCCACCAUGGCCAGGCGCCCCCGGAGCAGCAGGGCAUGGCCCUUUGUCCUGAGCGCAGCCCGCCGGGACACCGACACCCGGCCCGCGGCUCUGGCAGGGACCGGCCAUACCUGCGGGUACAACUCUGAUGGGCAGCACAGCGACUCAGACUCGGACCCCGAGUGCGCGGCCCUGCCGCCGUCUGUCCCCAGCGCCGUGCCCGUGACCGGGGAGUCCUUCUGCGACUGCGCCGGCCAGAGCGAGGCCUUCUGCGGCAGCCUGCACGCCGCACGCCGGGGCAAGGACUGCCGCUGCGGGGAGGAGGACGAGGACUUCGACUGGGUGUGGGACGACCUGAACAAGUCCGCAGCCGCCCUGCUGAGCUGCGACAACCGCCAGGUGAGCUUCCACACGGAGUACAGCUGCGGCACGGCGGCCAUCCGGGGCACCAAGGAGCUGGGGGACGGCCAGCACUUCUGGGAGAUCAAGAUGACCUCGCCCGUCUACGGCACUGACAUGAUGGUGGGCAUCGGGACGUCGGAGGUGGACCUGGACAAGUACCAGCACACGUUCUGCAGCCUGCUGGGCCGGGACGAGGACAGCUGGGGCCUGUCCUACACCGGGCUGCUCCACCACAAGGGCGACAAGACGAGCUUCUCCUCGCGCUUCGGCCAGGGCUCCAUCAUCGGCGUGCACCUGGACGCCUGGCACGGGACGCUGACCUUCUUUAAGAACAGGGAGUGCAUAGGAGUGGCGGCCACCAAGCUCCAGAACAGGAAGUUCUACCCGAUGGUCUGCUCCACCGCGGCCAAAAGCAGCAUGAAGGUCAUCCGCUCCUGCGCCAGCGCCACCUCCCUGCAGUACCUGUGCUGCUACCGCCUGCGCCAGCUGCGGCCCAACUCCGGGGACACGCUCGAGGGCCUGCCCCUGCCGCCCGGCCUCAAGCAGCUGCUGCGCCACAAGCUGGGCUGGGUCCUGAGCAUGCGCUGCGGCCGCCGCCAGCCCCCCGCGGCCGCUCCCAGCAGCCCCGAGCUCAGGCGCUGUCCACGGAAGCGCUGCCGACGGACCUAGCGGACC